GAGCAUCCCGUUGCCGUGACGACCCGGAAAGCGUGCCAAUCGCGCGCUCGCGCAGGGGGGCAGCACCAUCAGCAGCAUCAGCAGCGGCGGCAGCGCGAGCGGCAGCAGCGAUGUAUAGCGGGGCGGCGGGAGCGCGCGCACAGACCGCGGAGAGAGAGAGAGAGCGCGCGCGCUCCGAAUCCACUCAGGCUGUGCCUCCUCGCGCGGCGAGCGGCGCAUCAUCACGGACCGGAUCUCUGCGUCUCCUGUGUUUAUUAUUAUUUUUUUUAAUCCCAAACUCGCGGUUUGUUUUCCGACCCGUUUAGUGGUUUAGACAGAACCCGCGCGCAGAAGUGAGAGAAAUUUUUAGGAGACAGUUUCGGGACGGUUGCAAAGCCACUCGAGCGCUUUUCAUCACCUUUAUUUUGAGCACGCACAUACUUUUUUUUUUUCCUCCCUCCUCUUCUCUUCUCUGUCUUUCUCUUGGAUCUAUCCCCGCGUGUUGUGAGCCGUGAUGUCGGUGCGGAGGAGCGCGUGCUGCUGGUGCCACUUGCACGCGACCCUGUUCCGACUGCUGUGUGUUCUUCUGCCCGCAGGCUUUCCCGCACGCAGCGUGGACGUUCAGCGCGCGACGGACAACAUCACCGUGCGCCAGGGAGACACAGCCGUCAUCAGGUGUUAUGUAGAUGACAAGGUGUCCAAAGUGGCCUGGCUUAACCGCUCCAACAUCAUCUUCGCCAGCGAGGACAAGUGGUCCCUGGACCCUCGUGUGGACCUUGUGACAAAGGGUCAGCUUGAGUACAGCCUGCGCAUUCAGAAGGUGGAUGUAUAUGAUGAAGGGCCCUAUACCUGCUCGAUCCAGACCAAGCAGCAGUCCAAGACCUCCCAGGUUUACCUUAUUGUACAAGUUCCUGCCUACAUUUACAGAGUGUCGGAGGACGUCACGGUGAACGAAGGCAGUAACGUCACCCUAAGCUGUCUUGCUAAUGGUCGGCCCGAUCCGUCCAUCACCUGGAGGCUGCUCAAUCCAUCAGCUGAGACCCUGGACGUGGGCGAGUAUCUGGAAAUUUCCGGCAUCAUGCGCACUCAGGCCGGCCGCUACGAGUGCAAGGCUAGCAACGACGUCGCUACACCCGACGUCAAGUACGUCAACGUGGUCGUCAACUAUCCGCCUUUUAUUAAAGGGUCUAGGAGCUCGGAGACACAGGUGGGACGCCAGGGAGUUCUGCAGUGCGACGCCACCGCAGUGCCCAAACCAGAGUUUGAGUGGUACCGAGACGACAAGAGGCUGUCGAACAUGCAGGGGAUUAGUAUUCACAUUGUUGGCUCUCGCACUGAGCUCACUGUGGCCAACGUCACGGAGGACGAUUAUGGAAACUACACCUGCGUGGCCACCAACCGGCUGGGCAUACACAACGCUAGUGUGUUUCUCUACAGACCUGGAACUGGGAGGGACAUCAAUGGCUCCGCCUCCGUGUGUCAGUCAGUGUGGCUCCUCCUCCUGCCCUUCUUCCUGCCUCUACUCAAGUGUUAAUGCUCAGCGCUGCACUCCUUCACCACCACGCUCCUUAUCCUUCUCUUCUUCAUUCCUCCUCUCGCUCUAACUCUCGCCUUUUCCUCUCUUCGUCAGACUGUUUGCAUUUCCAUUCAGCAUAAACCGUGCCUCCUUGCACGCAAAACUAGGUACACUUCCAAUUACAAAAGUUGAACAGAACGGGCUAGUCUUGUGUUUUAGUGUUGAAAUAAAAAAAAAAGAAGAUUACCAGACCUGAAAGGAAGCAGCAAGAUGCUCUUUCUAUGAUAAAUUGUUAUUAUUUACUCGUUUUUCGUUUGGCUUGUUUUGUCACAAAUCUAGCAAGAGCUAUAUAACGCUAACUUCAGUGAAAUCAACCAAUUCAGAAAAGUAACACAGAUUUUAAUCAAUUUAUCCAAAAUUCCCUUCAGUAUGUGUUGAAUGUGUACCGUGAAUGUCUAGCAUUAGAAAAAGGAAAUGAAGCUACACCUAGGCAACUUAGCAACUAGCGCUUAGCAUCAUUGUCUGGAAAGUAGCCAGUCAGUAAUUUUUUGAACCUUUUCAAUCCUUGCUAAAUCCUAUAAGAAGCAUCUGAACUUCUCCUGAACCUUAUUAGCAUCUCAUUCAGUUUGGGCUAACUAGCUAGCAGAUAUGUAUACGUAAUGCCUGACUCUAGCGCUGAAAGGUAAAUUGUAAGCUAACAGUGAAACUUGUGACAAAAAUCUAAUGAACCAGUCAGGAAUCUUUGCAUACAACAAGCCAGCGAAAAAGCUUUCAAAUAAACAAAAUAAAUAACAGUAAAUGUAGUGAUACCUCACUUCCUGUUAGCAAACUCCAAGCUAGUGAAGGAGCUUAGCUAGCUGCUGUGUAAUUGAAGCGCUUGAGUUUGAAAUGAAUUAAUGGAUUCGGUUUGUGAGAGCGAUACAUUCUCACGAUUGCAAAUUCCUGAAUUCCCGAAUUCUCGUGAGGCAACUGUGAAAAAUGAAAUGUUAUAGAAGAAACAGUCAAGAUUAGCGGUUAGCAAGCCAGGGGACUGAGGUAUCUUUUCAUAGAAAAAGGCUCUUGCUAGAAUUCCCACAGGUAAGAGUUUUCAUUAAAAGGGAAUCUCUUGUUGCACUACUUAAACAACAGAAUUACAAAAUGAGGGCGUGUGCCGAGAGAUGAGUAUUGUUAUUAUUAGUAUUAUUAUUAUUAUUAUUGUUAUUAUUUUGGUUGUUGUUUUACUCCACAAGUUUUGACAUGUUGGGCGUCACUUUAACGAAAUCUCAUCGUCCUGAUCACCAUUUUAACCGUUUUUCUGGGGGACAAAAACGUUCCGUCACCUUCCAGUGUCCAUUUGUGGAAAAUGUACCAUACUGCUAAUCUGUGUGUGACUUUUUUGGACUGAAAUGUACGACACCAAUGAAUGCUCUGCUUAUUAUUAUUAUUAUUGUUAUUAUUAUUAUUAUUAUUAUUUUAUUCUCUUAAAAUAAUUCUCCUUUCUUUUAUGAAUUUUUCGAAUGGAAGCUAACAAAGCUGACGUUUUUCUUUUUUUUUCAAGAUUUCAAUUAACGUUGUAUAUAUGUACUUGAAUCCAUUGUCCUUAUAUAUAUAUAUAUAAAUAUAUUAUAAAAAAAAUAAUAUUAAUAUAUUACGUCCAUGUUUCUUAAUAGGCUAGUGGAUUUGUCGAGGAUUAACUUGUAGCGUUGCAUCUCGGUGCACCCUGUAAGUAAAACCAAUUAGGAGACAAAAAGAUUUUAAAUAUUGAAAAACGCGUUACUGUAACCUCUCGGAUGAAAGUUAGAGCAACUGUACCUUUGCGCCGAUCUUCAUAUUUUUUGUUUUUAUAUAGAAAGUAAUUAUGAUUCCAGUACAAAAAUGAGAAAAGCUAUGCGCUUGUUGCCAAAAAAACAAAAAACAAAAAUAAGAAGCUGUACUGUUUAAGAUGAAUUAUAACGUUUGUAAUUCUUUAUAAUUUCACUUGCUACGUUUAUGUUAACUAGGCGACGUUUUGCAUUUUGUUUAAAUACGACAUAAUUUAAUGUUUCUUCGUCAUAUUCGUCCACCUUGUAGAUUCAUUUAAAAAUCUUCGUAAAGUUACGAAGGAUGCUCGAUUUUUUUCCUUGAGUUAUGUUGUUCUGGUGUGCUUACACUGCGAGCCCCGCCCACAUUGUAAUUGACAGCACCAUCAGCCAAUGAGCUGGGGCGAUGCCUUGUUAAAUCUACAAACAUGUCUCUGUUCCAAAUGCUAGAAUUCAUGGCUAGUUAGCGAAAUGACCCAGAAUUUAACUAAAUUUAGCUAUAGCUGUAUUUAGUGGUUGUAUUUGUUUAGUUUCCCAUUUUGGCAAGCAUUUAGGUGGUAGAUCUCUCGCUCUCUCUAACUCAUGAGUUAUUAAGCUAACAGGCGAUUAGCUAGCUACUACUAUUAACAUGUUCGAACAGUUCUAGCAUUUGGGAUACAGCCAUAGAACUGUGUGUGUGAUUAAACUUCUUCACAGUUUAGAGUAGGCAAAGCUAAUCAUGAAGGGCUAGCGAUUCCCUUUAGGCUAAAUUUUUCCCUCUCGCAAAAUAUUCAAAGGAUUGCUUUAUCCAAAUAACUCCACAUAAUUCCGCAGUAAAUGUCCUCCUACUCUAAAAUGUGAUUGUUUUGCGUCCCACCUGUUGAAUGCUGAUGUGUAAACGUGUGUCUAUAUGUUUGAGUUUUACGUGAAUGCACUUACACAAGCUACCAGGUCUAGCUAGCAAACAGCUGCCUCAUGUGUUAGCCUUUCACACCCACAUAACUUUGUUUUCCUGUAAAUUUUUUUGUUUCUUUGCAUAUGUAUCUGUGAAUUUUACACCCUCAUUUCAUCGCGGCCAACAUUUUGUAACAGCUUUGUUUUGUUCUAAGGUUACUGCAAUCAAUUUCUUAAAAAUCGUACGUACUGUAAAGUACCGAUGAAACGUUCAGAAGCGAAAUAAAGUCAUUUGAAUUUGACAUGGUGCGAUUAAACUGGUGACUUUUCCUUUU